AUGGCAAAGCAAGAAUGGAGCUCCAAGUCGUUUUGCAAUCACAUUGAUCCUGAUAAGGAAGAACAGCUCAAACGAGUCAAAAUAGCGGUUGAGGAUAAAGUGGACAGCAUUCUUAAGAUCAUGAACGAUAUAAACCACGGAAACAAAGAGAGGAACUUGAGGAAAAAGUCGGAAGCAAUCGAACUCAUCCAAGAUUUCCACAAACAGUAUGAAAAACUCUACAUCCUCUAUGAAAAUUUGAGAGAAAAGGUGAAAAAAAGUGUUGAGGUGGAAGACUCUCCCUCCGCUCAGGACUCGGAUGCAGAGCCAAAUUACUGGAAUCGAAACGAUGAAGCGAGCAGUGGCAGUUCAAGAAUGUCAGGAAGAGAGAGCCAAGAAUUUGAAACCUCUGACAUAGAAGAUACUUUGACUAGUGUGAGUGAGGUGACUAAGAUAAUGAACAGCGAACCAGGGUCGCCUUUGGACAUUCUGAGGGACCUUGAGAUUCAACGGGAGAAGGCUGGGAAGACGAACCAGAUGUUGGUAGAGAUAAGAGAUAUGGAGGCACUGAUUGCUGAAUUGAGGAUCGAGGUUUCCACCCUCCGCACACACAAGAAGCGACUGGAAGAGCAAGUGGAGUUGAAGUCCAACGAAGCUGUGCAAGCACAAGACACUAUUUCUGGACUGGGGGCUCAGAUAAUGGAAAUGGAAGCCGAGAGGAAAGAACAAGAAGACCUCCUUAGCUCCUUCAGAAAGCAGUUUGAGGAUGACAAGCAGCUCAACAAGACUAGAAUCACGGAGAUCAAGACUGAGGCGGAAGGAAUGGAGCUCGAAUUGAAUAGUUUGAAGCAUCAGAAAAGUGAAUUGCAAGAAGGAUUGUUGGAGGAAACUAAACACUGGUCAGCUAAAGUCGAUGGCCUAACGGAACAAGUUAGUUUUCUGCAGGAACAACUGGAGACUGUACAUAGCCACAAGGAGGAAAUGAUGCUGGAAAUAAAAAAGAAAUCAGAAGAAAUAUCACAUUACCUGCUCCAGAUUGAAACUCUGAGAACCGAGCUGAGUUCGAGCAAGCAGCGAAUAGCACAGGAGAAAGAAAGCCUGCAAGUUAAGGUACAUGAUUUAGAGUCAGAGAUUGAGUCAUUAAACAGCAGCUUGGAAGAGAAAAUAAGCCAUGAAGCAUCUCAAUCAAGUUUAGAAAGAGAGAAACUAGAAGAAAAAGUGUUUGAACUGCAGAGAACUAUUGCUAUGAGGGAAAAUGAACUAUCAACUGGACACAACAAGUUGAAAUACCUAAAAGAAGGCAUUGAUAUUCUCACGAGCAAGUUGGAAACUUCCGAAAAUGAGAGAACCGGUUUGCAGGUGGAGUUGGAAGCCUCGAAAAAUGACAAGAAACUACUUCAGCGUGAACUGGACAAAGAGAAAGAGCACAAGAAAUCCCAGUUGGAGAAAAUCACCAAAGCAAACUUCCAAAAUGCGGAAAGAAAAAUAGAAGAAAUGGCUGUGGAAUUCCGGAAACAGUUUGAAGACCAAUACAGGAUCCUGAGCCGCAGGAUAAGGGUUGCAGAACAGCUACAAGCUGAAAACAAGGAAUGGUGCCGAAAGACAAGAGACUCAUGCGAGCAAGAUAACAGGGACCUCAAAAUGAUGACAGACAGAACUGCUACUGAAUUAAAGAAUGUGAAGGACUUGACAGUUACAGCAAAUGAAUUACUCACAAUGAUAGACUCAAAGACUUUGAAAUUCAAGGAAUGCACUGCCAAAUUCCAGAAUAGGAUAUUAAAAGCCUCACGCGGCAUCAACUCUGUGAAACAGUGGGCAGCAACGAAGAACAAAUCCAUGUCACACUCGAAAAACAAUUUAGACUGCUUGCUAGCUCAGCUUGAUGACAAGGAAGUCGAGAUAUUGGCAUCCAAAGAGAAGAUCUGCAAGUUAGAAGAUAAGGUGACUAAAUUAGAGAAACUAAUAGAAGAGAAUGAAGAUGAAAUGCAAGUACUUACAGAGGGAAAGAGGGGGGCCAUACGGCAGCUAUGUAUUUGGAUAGACUAUCACAGAGACCGAUCAAAUUUUUACAAGGAUUUGUUGUCUGAAUACAGGAGGCAGGAGAGCAUCUUUAAUGCAUAG